GCCACUGGACAUAAAUCGUAAAUCCCCGUCACACGGCAACCAGACACAUCCGACGUGUCUAAAGUGUCAAAAUUAUAACCUCACAUAUUUACUUUUGUAUUAAUGUUUAUAUUUUAUUGUCCGAGGCGCUUGAACGAAGUAGAAAUGGAAAAAAUUGGUAGGAAAAAAAUUCACGGGCACCUGGACAUUACCCAGCUUAGCACCUUCAGCAAAGAGGAUCUAAUUGAUAAAAUUAUUGCAUUACAAUGCCAUAACGUUGAACUGAAAAACAUAAUUGCCAAAUCACAGCAAAGGAAUCAAAAGAGAUCGUAUCCGCCACAGAAACCUUUCGACUUUACGAGGUGUAAGUUUCGGCACGUUCUCCUCCAGGUUUUAUACUUAGGUUGGGAUUACCAAGGCUACGCUUGCCAGGAGGACAGUCUUAAUACAAUUGAGCACUUCCUAUUCGAAGCCUUACUAAAAACCUGCCUGAUCAAGGACCGCCAGUCGUCAAACUAUCACCGCUGUGGCAGGACAGAUAAGGGUGUGAGCGCGUUCGGUCAAGUAAUUUCGUUAGAUUUACGAAGCAAUAAUCAUGAUCUCGAUCGAGAAAUUAAUUAUUGCAUAAUUUUGAAUAAGGUAUUACCACCUGCUAUACGCUGUGUCGCAUGGUGUCCUGUUAGUGACAACUUCAGUGCACGGUUCAAUUGCACUCUCAGGAAGUACAAAUAUUUUUUCCCGAAAGGUUUCUUAAAUAUUCAGAAAAUGGUCGAGGGAACACAAUUCCUCGUAGGAUCCCAUGAUUUCCGAAAUUUUUGCAAGAUGGAUGUCGGAAAUGGUGUAGUAAAAUAUAAUCGGACAAUCACUCACGUAGACAUUCUUCCUUAUAGUUUAAACAAGGAAAAUGAAGAGUACAGCAUGUUUGUGCUCGUCAUACAAGGGCAAGCAUUCCUCUGGCAUCAGAUUAGAUGUAUAAUGGGGGUACUGCUCUUAAUUGGACAAGAAAAGGAGGACCCCUCCAUUGUUAAAGAUCUAUUGGAUGUCGAAAAGCACAGCAGAAAACCGGAUUAUAACAUGGCCAGUGAUAUUCCUCUAAAUUUGUACGAUUGCGAGUACGAACUGGAGAGUAAUUGGAGAUAUGAUGAUAACAAUUUGACUGAUCUUAUUAAAAAGCUCCAGAGCUUUUGGACAUUUCAUGCGAUAAAAGCCAAUAUGGUUGAAAGUAUGUUACUUGACCUUAGGAAACGGUCAGGUAGUACUGUUGACUUGUCUCUGUGUCAAAGCAAUUAUUUAUUGAAUGGAGUGAGGGCUAAGAAGUAUGUUCCAUUGGUGCAACGGCAGAAAUGUGAGAGCUUGGAGAAUAGAAUACAGCAUUUUAUCAAAAGGAGGAAAUUAGAGGGAUCCAAUUCCAGUCCUGUCGUCGAUACAUGAUAGUUUUUUUUUAUGUUUAUAUAGAAUAUACAAUAACCAUGAA